CGCGUGUCUUACAGAUCCCUGGAGGAGCGUAUGGUUAGUGUAUUUUAGAAAUGUGGAUCAUUGUGUACAAAAUCCAAGUCUCUCCUUCACCUCCCUCACUCGUUUCUCAUACACUUUUAACGCUCAACCAUCUCCUGCCUCCUUUUACUCAAAGAAAAAAAAAAAACAUCCCCAUAAUCCAUGGCUUAAGUGCACGUGUAGUAUACAGGCAAUGAACCAUGGGUCUUUUCCGGCGACUCUUUGGAGCCAAAAAGUCCGACAAAACCCGAUCCGAUAAAGAACGGAGGCGUUGGAGCUUUGCUAGAUCUUCCAAUCCCACGUCUUCAACUUCCCAUAUAGAUCAUGCUCUUACUACUGCUCCAUGCAGUGACACCUUGGAUGCCAGCAAGCACGCAAUAGCAGUAGCAGCCGCCACUGCUGCUGUAGCUGAGGCUGCUCUCGCAGCUGCGCAUGCGGCUGCUGAGGUUGUUAGACUGACAAGUGGUGGUGGUGGCCCCGCUGGGAACAACCGACGACUCGUACAGGAGGUAGCGGCUGUUAGGAUACAGUCCGCUUUUCGAGGUUAUCUGGCACGGAGGGCACUGAGAGCUUUGAAAGCAUUGGUGAAGCUUCAAGCGCUAGUGAGAGGCCACUUUGUAAGAAAGCAAACAGCAGACAUGCUCAGACGCAUGCAAACAUUGGUCAAACUGCAAGAUCGAGCCCGUUCUAGUCGUGCACAUGUGACAAAGUCUCUGGAUUCUGUCGUAAAGAUGUCCAGGCUUCCGCGAAAUGCUGUCCAUGCAACUUCCGGAAAAGAUGAAUGCCAACUUCGUGCUUAUUGUACUAAAUCUGAUGGGCUCUCAAUCCUAAAGAGAUGUGGUUCAAAUUCCAACUUUAGGAACAUCAUUGAUCUAGAGAAAGCACGGAUGGGUUCAAAUUGGUUAGACCAUUGGAGGGAGGAAAGUUUAUGGAACAACCGUAGAGAAGCUCCACUUAGCCGUCGGCUUGCUGAUGAUGAGAAGAGUGACAAAAUCCUUGAAGUAGAUACUUGGAAACCUCACUUGAGCUCCCAACAGAGUCACAGGAAUGUUAGGCCAUCUCAGCAUUUUUCAGCUUUGGAUUAUACCCAGAGCUUUACGGCAUAUGACUCCCCGAGAAAAGCAUCAGGAAAAGCUUCAAAUGCCAUACCAAAUAUCUCUUCAGCAGAAGUUUUAACAUUAAGCUCCAUGAAAUAUCCUGGAGGGAAAGAUGAAGCAGUUCUAAGAACAGCUGACAACAGCCCACAAGUGCAUUCUGCAUCAUCUAGACCUGGAAGUAGUGCUAGGAGAAGCCCUUUUACACCCACAAGGAGUGAGUGCUCAUGGGGGUAUUUAAGUGGAUAUUCCGGUUACCCAAAUUACAUGGCGAAUACUGAAUCAUCCCGGGCUAAGUAUCGAUCCCAGAGUGCUCCAAGGCAGAGGCUGGAGUUAGACAAAUAUGGUUCAACCCGAAGAACUUAUCAGGGGUUGUGGGAUUCAGGUACCAACUCAGAAAGAGAUUUUCCUCAUCAUGUUGAUUUUAGGUACAGGGCACAUCCGACUUCCGAUUGCUUGAAUUGGCCUAGUAGUGCUAACCGAGGGGAAUGAUCGACGAUCCUCCCUUCGCCUCUCCUAUUUUCCUUUUCUUGUGUGUGAUAGCAACCUUGUCUGCUAGAGUUGUAAUUAGUUUACCAUGAUGUGAAAAACUUUGAUCCUGCUUGAUCAAAUUUAGCAUUAUUAAUAUUGAAAAAGAAAAA